AUGAAAUGGGAAUUUCUAUUACGGAUUUUAGCUUUACUUGGUUUUAAUUCUACUUGGAUUCAAUGGAUUAGGCAAUGUAUUACUACUACUUCUUUCUCCAUUAUGAUUGAUGGAGCUCCUUUUGGAAAAUUCAUCCCUUCUCGUGGUCUGCGGCAAGGAGAUCACCUUUCUCCUUUCCUAUUUAUUUUAGGAUCGGAGAUUUUAUCAAGACUUAUUUUGAGAGCGGAAAAUAGGGGUCUUCUCCAUGGUAUCAAGAUGUCUCGUUUAUGCCCUGCUAUUUCUCAUCUUCUUUUUGCUGAUGAUGUGAUGAUUUUUUCUCGGGCUAAUGUUAGAGAGGCUGAAGUCAUUAUUGAUUGUCUUGAAACUUAUUCCUCUUGGUCUGGUCAGCAUAUUAAUAUGGCCAAAUCCGCUGUGUUUUUUAGCAAGAAUUGCCAGCCAGUUACAAGGGUUUCUAUCAAUGGCAUUUUGAAUCUUGCUCAUAUUCCUGCCAGAGCAAAGUACCUUGGUAUUCCUCUCUUUUUGAAAAGACGAAAGAAGGAUUCUUUUAUUGAACUUAAAGAUCGUAUCUUUGCUAAGAUUUCUGGUUGGAAAGCUAGAUUGUUGUCUCAAGCUGCUAGAACUACUCUUAUUAAGUCUGUAGCAAAUGCAAUUCCCACUUACGUUAUGUCUCUUUUUCUUCUACCAAAGUCCUUUUGUUUGGAGAUUAAUGCAGGUUUGCGGAAGUUUUGGGCAGGUUUUCCACAAGAUAAGAAAAGAUGUAUGUCCUUUCUUUCAUGGGAUAGUAUUUGCAAGCCUAAAUCCUUGGGGGGAUUGGGUAUUCGAUCUAUGGAAUUUCUAAAUCAUUCUUUAUUAGCUCGACUUGGUUGGAAGAUGACAAUCAAUCAACCUUUGUUGUGGGUGGAAUGUCUUAGAAAUAAGUAUCUUACUAAUGGCAUCUCUUUUUUGAAGGCUUCUUAUAAUCCUUGUUCUUCUUGGCUUUGGAAAGGAUUAUUGAGAAAUCGUAAAGUUGUUGAAUUGGGAGCAUGUAUUUCUAUUUCUAAUGGUUUGAAUGUGGAUAUUUGGGGCUCUCCAUGGAUUCCUUUAAUGCCAAAUUUCAGACCUAGACCAAACGCAAAUUUGGUUGUGUUGCCUUCUUUUUCUGUUAAUGAUCUGCUACUUACAGAAGAUCGUGUGUGGAACAUUCAAUUGCUAAUGGAUCUUUUUGAUCCUACUACUGUUCAGAAUAUCAUGAGUAUUCAUAUUUCUCACAUUUCUUCAUUUGAUAAAUGGGUUUGGGCUCCUUCUCCUUCAAGGCAAUUUUCAGUUAAAUCUACGCAUGAAAUUUCUAUUGCUCAAGGGGGUCGUGUUUCUCCUUUCUCUGUGGAUACCUGGAAAUCCCUUUGGGGUCUUAAAAUCCAGGCUAGGCUUAAACAUCUCUUAUGGAAGAUUGCUUGGGAUAUGUUGCCUUCACGUGCAAAUAUUGGUAGAUUUAUUAUCUCCGAGGAUAUGGAUGCUUGGGUUUGUCCCUUCUGUAAGAAUUCUCUUGAAACUUUAUGUCAUAUUUUCUUGGAAUGUGAUUUAGCUAGAAUUUUAUGGAGGAGUUCUAGUUGGCCUCUUUUUCCCUCAGCUUUCGCCUCUAGACAUAUAUCAGAUUGGAUUCUUGCUAUUAUUUUUCCUGUGAAGAUGCUUGCUAUUCCUAAAUAUGAAGUUAGGAAAUUCCAAUUGUUUGCUUCUCUUACUGUAGACUUCAUCUGGAUGGCUCGGAAUAAACUUAUUCAUGAUGGAAUUCAAUCUUCUCCUGCAAAAGCAAUCAAGCAAAUUUCUUAUACUUUGGGCUUGCAUUGUCAGGCUUGGUCUGAUUCUAUUUUACCUUCUAUUUGGACUCCACCUUUUGCUGGAUGUAUCAAAGGAAACUUUGAUGUUGCUGUCCAUGGUGAUUUUGCUGUUGCAGCUGCAGUUAUUAGUGAUGAAAAUGGUAAUAUUAUUCUAGCUUUUACUCAAAAGCUGUCUUAUUCUGAUGCACUGCUUGGAGAAGCUUUUGCUGCUCUUUUGACUUCUCAGUUGGCUACAUCUUCUGGUUGUGAGAAUUUAUUUUUGGAGGGAGAUGCUUUACUUGUUAUUCUUGCUAUCAACAAUCCUCAUCUUUUCUCUUUUUGGUCUUUUACUAAUUGUAUUUCAGAUAUUAGCUUAAUUUUAUCUUCCUUUCAUAGCUGGAAUGCUGUGAAAGUGUCUCGUAGUGCCAAUUUUCGGGCACAUUGUUUAGCUAAGUAG